AUGUCGGAUGACACCUCGACGUUGAGCGCAUAUGCUGUGGUCCUCCGCUGGGUCGAUGGGCCUGUAGCACAGGCAGAAUUUCCCAUGGAAGCCUUUACGAAAGCCAUCAGCCACGACGUUCAAGGCCAACAAGUCUUACUUCAGCACAUCAUCACCCUAAAGUGUGUCUGGCAUUCAAGCUGGCCAUCGAUUCGGGACCAACGAAGGCGACUCUAUUCCGAAGAACUGAAGCCCAGACUAGAAAGAGAUCUCCGUCGGGUCAAGAAGCUCAUCAGGUUUUCAAAAGCAGAAGUCGGUGUAUUCGCAAGGACCCUUUCUAUAAGAUCAAGCAUAGCAGCCACAACAAACAUCACAUCGGACUUACUCGGCCAAGCUCUCUCCAUGAUCCAGCUUUUGAUUACGGAAAUCGACAGUUUCCCGCAGGACGAUCUCGACAAGAAAGAUUUUCUGACCGACGAGAUCCUCCAUAGGGAUGAUACACCUCCCUGCAGACCGGUGAGAAUAUAUGCGAGAGAGCAUAUCGGAAGGCCGAAUGUCACCCUUCGCAUACCGGAGCUCGAAGCAAAGCAAAUCUUGAUGAAGAAGCCUUCCACUUCUCCCAUCCUCGUCUGCUCCUCUCCACGCUCCUCGAAGUGCAAGGAAUGCCAUCAACCGACUGGGCAGCAGUACAUGCAUGCUAGAAGCUUAGCCCAAGUGAUCGCUUACAACCAGAAGGGAUGGAUGUAUGCUUCCUUGAUCCUGGUCCAGGACUCGUCAGGCCGAUCAGCACUUGCCGCAAAACCCAAGCGAAAGAAGCGGUACAUUCCUGCCAGUAUGGUUGCGACGGUCAUUUGGUUGUGUGGUUGUAUGGUUGACAUUAGCUUCCGCCUACCAUGCACGAUGAAUCACAGCGAGGGCACCAACAGUGCUUCAACACCUCACUCUCAUGUCAGCACUCAGUCUCUAAACCGCAAGCGAGCCCAAAGCGAUGUUCUGCCGAAUCGGGGGGAUCCAUUGCUAGCCGCUCGCCACGCACGAGGCUGGCAAGUCCGUGGCAUCCGCGAGGUCGAUCAGUACGGAUCCGAGAUUCGCGAGCGGCGAGAAGCUGGACGAAGGUAUCAGCAUAUCGAAGCGAUGUCGCAGUGUCGCAGCAAGAUGUGGUACUGGUUUCGAUCUCAAUCGGUGCAGCAUUCGCGAUCGGCCCGAGCUGUCAGUCCACGCGAGCGUUGCCAGUCACCAUCACGCAAGUUUAGACGUGCAGAGCCGUCGACGACUGCGAAAGAGAAAGACUGCUCGAUGCCACCGACUUCCCGUUUCUUUCGCUGGCGAAUAAUUGCGUGCCCGCUGUGGACUGCAUACGCUCUUUUCGACUCCUGCUUCCUGCUUUUGAUUGCCGUCCUAGUGACUGCUAUCUGGUUGGCAAAUGGGUACAACUGGUACGGUCUAGGAUACAUGUUGGUUGUAUUCUUAUUUUACGGCUGUGCAGCUACAGCAUACUCCUACGUGAUCUCGCUCUUCGCACCAUCACAGCUCGCUGCUAUUGCGAUGACUUGCAUCGUACAAGUCGUCAUCGCUAUGCUGUUCUUCGUCGGCUGCUUCCUUACGGUCGACAUGGCCGAUCUGGAAGUGCUGUACACCCAGCUUGACACAAUCUAUUGGACCGUAGCAUUAAUUUGCCCAGCGGUCAGUCUCCUCAGAGCACUCUUGGUCACCCUCAAUGUCUAUGGUAUUUCCUGCGAUGGUGCCUACUUGGCAUCAAAUCCCGUUUACAUUGGUCUGUUCGGAGGACCAAUCCUGUACCUGUCAGGCCGAAGUCUGGAGGCAUUUGGUAUCCGCGUCGGCUCUAAGAAGCAACGAGAUUCUUCGGAUGCUGAGAAGGAGGCUAGCACUUCUUCUGAUGCCACCGAAGACGCGCAUCGUUUGUCUUCAAAAAACAAUCGUGGUCUUCGCGUUGGUCACAUCUCAAAGACCUUUGGCACCAACAAGGCCGUGGACGAUGUUAGCUUCGGCAUUCUGCCCUCUAAAAUGGCAGCGAAGCAACAUCUCGGCGUCUGUCCACAAUUCGACGCCGUAGACUCCAUGACGCUUUCCGAACACCUCCACUUCUACGCCCGUGCCCGCGGACUGAACAAGAAGGAGCGCGGCACGAAACGAAAGUUAUCCCUGGGAAUCGCUCUGAUCUCCAACCCAUCUGUUCUGCUCCUCGACGAGCCCUCUAGCGGCAUGGACGCCGCCUCGAAACGCGCAUUAUGGAAGACUCUGGAAGCCGUCUCCGCCGGACGAUCAUUGCUCCUCACUACCCACAGCAUGGAAGAAGCCGAUUCAUUAUGUGAUCGUGCAGGUAUCAUGGCAAGUCGAAUGCUUGCGCUCGGCACCAUUUCGAGCCUCCACGAGAGAGUCGGUGACAAAGUCUACGUUCAUCUCGUUCACGAAGAUUCUCCGCGUUCUUCGCCUCAGCAAAUGGCUGAGCUUUGGCUGUGGGUUGAAGAUACUUUUGCUAUCGCUGAGACGGGGAAGGCGGUCGGUGGACAAGUCCGAUUCGCAGUGCCUGUUAGCCAGGAAGGUAAUGGAGGAGGUCUUCUCGACGGCAGUAGUUUGGGUCGAAUGUUCCGAGCUGUUGAGGCUGAGAAGGAGAGGAUGGGAAUUAGGGAUUACACCAUCGGUCAUGCCACUCUAGAUCAGGUGUUCUUGAAUGUGGUUGGACGACAUGGUGUCGACGAGGAGAACUCACAGGUUAUACAAAACAAGAGCAUCGUUCAGGAGUUAUUGAGGCGAUAG